AUAGAUCAUAUUAGCAGUCCGAAUAAAAAUCGGGCUAAACAAUAAAACGAAUACAUAAAUAAAACAAUUGCUUUGGAACUCUAUCGAUGGAGGACUGCGUCGGUAUUUUUGAUGGGGAGUUUGAGGUUCUGCGUGUGACAGCACAGUUUUAUGAUGAAGUUGAAGAGUUGCUUGUGAAUAUUUCGGUCAACCAUGAAUUCGGAUGUGUGAUCACUAACCUAAAAGACUGUCCGUUGGCCAUUGCCGAGCUACGUAAAUUGAUAAGGUACAUCAUAUCCCGAGGAAUAUCAUACGCUAUACGUCAUGUGGAAAGUGACAGAAUUGUGGCUGCAAUCGCUAAUACAAUAUUUAACACAAAAAGAAUGACCUCAUACUACGACGUUAGGUCCCAUGUCAAGAGUCCAAAUAUGAUUAGAUAUAUUGAACUUUGGGACGCUGUUGAUGCAAGCUUUGAUGUCAACGAGCACUGCCAGGUGGACAGCACUGCAGAUGUGGAAUAUAUGGGAACAUUGCCGGAAUUUAGACGACGUGGCCUGGGACACGUUUUAUGCCAGCACUCCAUCCAGUUGGUGAAGCUAAUGGCCCAGGGGAAGCUGCCUCUCGAGGUUCUAGUCCAGCUGGCUGAGGAGAUCCAGAUGGAAAGACCGCAGGCUGUUGUCGCAAUAACAACAUCCCAAUCCUCGCAAAUAAUGGGCAGACAAUUGGGAAUGAGAACUAUUCAUAAGUGGCAAUUUUCCGAGCUCAGGUCUUUAGGCGGUGCGAUCGCGGAGUUCAGUGACGAACAGGCCUUGAAAUAUGUAGAACUCCAAGUAGUAAGGUUUUAAUAAAAACCUAAAACGCAA